UGCCAGCUAGUGAGCAGCGUGCGGGCCGCGGACGGUGGCGGUGCGAGACCGACACGCGCGUCGUCUGCCGCGGCGCGCUGUGUGCAUUAUAUAAAAACAAACGCGCGUAAAAUAUAAGCGUGUAUGUAAUGAAAACUAUAUUAACAUACUUAAAGUAAAUUUGCAACAUUUUAAAAAACAACAUCCAGCUAAAAUACGUUCAGUUGCUGUAGUGACCAUGUCAUCGUAGGGCGCGUGCGGCAGCCGGAGGGCAGCGGAGUGGCAGCGCGGCGCGGCAUGGACGACCCGCAGCGUAUCGCGCGCGAGCGCCUCGCCUGUGACCUCACCAACAACCGCACCUCGCCCCCGCCCGGCGUGUACUGCGCGGGCACGUUCGACACCUGGCUGUGCUGGCCGCACACGCGCGCCAACGCCACGGCCUUCCAGCGCUGCCCCGGCUUCGUGCCCGGCUUCAGCACCGACCUGUUGGCGCAUAAGGAGUGCACGGCAGACGGCACGUGGUGGCGGCACCCCGACUCGGGCAGGCCCUGGUCCAACUACACCACCUGCGUCAAACCGGAAGAUGACGUGAGUGAAGUGAUCGCCCUGUACCAGACCGGCUACAGCCUGUCGCUGGUGGCGCUGCUGCUGUCGCUUGCCAUCCUGUCCUACUUCAAAAGUUUGCGAUGCGCCCGAAUAACCGUGCACAUAAACCUCUUUGCCUCGUUCGCCCUCAACAACGCACUGUGGCUGGCGUGGUACGGGCUGGUGGUGGACAGCGCGGACACGUUGCGCGCUUCGCCGCUGUGGUGCCGCGCGCUCAACGCCGUGCUGCAGUACGCGCUGCUCACGAACUACACGUGGAUGCUGUGCGAGGGGCUGUAUCUGCACACGGUACUCGUCAGCGCGUUCGUGUCGGAGCGCCGCCUCGUGCGCGCGCUGCUCGGCGCCGGGUGGCUGCUGCCACUGCCCUCCGCCGUAGUGCACGCGGCGCGCCGCGGCCUUGCCGAUGAGCCGCUGUGCUGGGCCGACGACGGGGCGCCGCGCCCCGAGCUGGCCGUGCUGGUGUGCGCCACCGUACUGCUGAACGUGGCCUUCCUGUGCAACAUUGUGCGCGUGCUGUGCACGAAGCUGCGAGCUGGGGGCGGCGCGGGCGUCGCGCGCCCCUCCGCCACGGCGUUGCACGCGCUGCGGGCCACCUGCCUGCUGGCGCCACUGCUGGGUGUCCAGUACCUGCUGACGCCGUGCCGGCCUGCGCGUGAUUCGUCCUGGUGGCUCGUAUACGAGUACGUGUCGGCCAUCACCACCUCCCUCCAGGGGCUCUGCGUCGCGAUACUGUACUGCUUUUGCAACGGGGAAGUUCUGGCUCAAUUACGACGAAAAUGGCGCAUCUUAACUUUUAGGACCCGAACGAAUUCUACAACUAAUACAACAGUUUCGUUCGUGCGUUCAGGCGGGCCGGGCGGCGGCGAGGAUAAGGUGUGACUGUCAGCGAGCGGCGCGUGCGCUGGCGGCGCUGGUGGCGGGAUGGGGGGCGGGUGUGCAGGUGCGGGAGGCGACUCGCCAGACGGCCGCCGCGCACGCGCCGUGCGUUUCGACACCGACAGCGACGACGGAGACGACACGCCGCCGCUCGUAUAAACUAGCUUCUCUUCACCAUUACUCAAGAGCGACUCAAAUACGGAUAUUAAACAAUAUCAUAAAUGUAUUAUCAAAAUUGUAAAUAUUUUGUAAAAAUUUAAAAAUAAAUUCUUAAUUGUG